AUGCGUCGAGCCCGCGACGGCUACGCAUAUCAACCAGUACCUAAAGCUCCCACAGAUGACGUUUUCGAACAUGAAAAUGAAAGAAUGGCAGAGGAACUCAGUGGUAAAAUAAGUACGUUAAAACAUAUGACUAUUGAAAUUGGCAAUGAAGUACGUUAUCAAGACAAGAUACUAAAAGGACUUGAUGAUGAUGUGGACAGAAGUUCAGGAUUCUUAGGCAAAACUAUGGGAAGGGUACUAAAACUCGGCAAAGGGAACCACAACUACUAUAUUUUUUAUUUGUUCUUAUUCUCUAUAUUUGUAUUCUUUCUGUUAUACAUUGUGUUGAAAUUCAGGUGA